AUGGCUUCAGCACAACAAAAGAGCUUGAUCAAUACGGCGGCAUGCCUGAUCAUCGGAGACGAAGUGCUUGGGGGAAAGGCAUACUUUGCCAAAUUCUGCUUCUCAUUGGGCAUCAACUUGCGGCGCAUAGAAGUCAUUGCCGACGAUGAAGGCGAGAUUGUCGAAGCUGUGCAACGCAUGUCGAAAAACUACGACAUGGUGGUUACCAGUGGCGGGAUUGGACCGACUCACGACGACAUCACGUACCAGUCGAUAGCCAAGGCGUUUGACCUGCCAUUGAAGCUACAUGACGCGGCUUUUCAGCGGAUGAAGCGCUUGUCCAAGCCCCACAAGUCUCAGCCUGACUUUGACUGGAACGUGGACUCUCCUGCGCGUACAGCAAAGAUGCGCAUGGUGCAACUACCAAUUGACGACGCCGUACCUGACGAAGACCAGGUCGUGUUUGUCAACGAAGCGCUGUGGGUGCCGGUUAGCGUGGUGAAUGGCAACGUUCACAUCCUGCCCGGGGUGCCUCGGCUGUUUGAAUCGUUACUGGAUGGACUGAAGCCCCGCAUCCUGCCCAGGUUGACGGAUCCAGAGGGCAAAGGUGUACUGCGCAUUCUCAUCUCGACGCCAAUGGCGGAGAGCGCCGUUGCCGGCUAUUUGACAGAGCUGGCGGCCAAGGCUGAGCCCAAGGGAGUCAAGAUUGGUAGCUAUCCACGAUGGGGCAAGGAUCACAAUACUGUGACGCUUGUUGGCCGCGAUCGUGAAUAUAUGGAGAGUCUUGUGCCUGAAGUGGUAAAGGCUGUUCAGGGGAAGCGCGUAUAUGUAGAAGGCGAGGAUGACAGUAAUACGUCUGACAAGGAGUCGUAG